AUGUCUCAAGAGCUACUCAUAGAGACCGAGUUGGAAGAUGAGGUCCAGCCAUGGGAAUACUUAAACUCUGCGAACCUGAAAAGAGGCCAAAAGGACUUUGAGAAGGAUGAUACCCAGAUCCAGAACAGUACGCUACAAGACUCUUUGGAUCAUAUGUAUAAUGCCUUAUCGGUUCCUAGGGCACAUACCGUGAAGCAGAACGUGAAAGCAUAUUACCAAGAUGGACAAUGGAGAAGUGAGCUGAAGGGCAACUUUAUGCAAACUAUGGGUGUUGUUAGGAAUGAUUGGUGCUAUUUGACAGAGGAAGAGAUCAUCUACCUCGUGGAAAGAGGUACGGUGGAACCAAUAUGGGUUAAAAAUGGACAAGAGGUCACAAUGGAUCUACAAAGCGUUUAUGCAAUGUGUGCAACUGAUCUGGUGAGGUAUCAGGUGUAUUCCAAUCUGAAAAGGUGUGGCUACAUUGUUCAGAGAUAUACUCCGAGGGAGUGUGCGACUGUGAGAAAGCCAUGGUAUCUUCCCACGAUGUUUAGAGCUGUGCUUCGAAGAUUGGAUAUACUCAAUUGGUUUAUCUUCCCAGCUUUUACUUCUUCAUGGCUCAAGUCAAAAUUUUUAACGUACUCAUCGAUUUUUGAAUCAAUAAGACUACAGUUUAAACCUCAACGACAAGCAGCACCAACAUACCCUUUGGAUAUAACAUUUGACGUCUGGAAACCGGAUCCACGCUUCACGAAGAAGUCGCCGCCUCUACCGGACUUCCAGAUUGUGAUUGUUGAUGUUUCAUCAACAAGAUUCCCGACAAAGAAUCAAUUGGAUGAUCUCUUUAAGCGAGUGGAGUACCAAGGGAGAUCACAAGAAUCGUUAAGUGAAGCUCAAGGUGGUGCUAAAGAGAAGAAGAGGCUCAAAGAUGGCUCUAACUGUGUACUGUUUGCCCUCGUAGACAACGGUGUGAUAAACUAUAUGAGACUCAGUCAAGGGAAUCUCUCAAGUGCAAAUGUUAUCCCAACUAAGAAGGCAAGAGGCCCAACGCAAAGGACUACAAAGUAA